CGGACGCGGGGGCGGACGCGGGAGGGAGGAAGGAAGGGAGGGAGCGAGGGGCGGGCCCGGCGCGGCUGCCCGGCCGGCUGCUGGAGGCCCCGGGCCGGGCCCGCGCCGCGAUGGCCCUGGUGACCCUGCAGCGCUCUCCCACGCCCAGCGCCGCGUCGUCCUCCGCCAGCAACAGCGAGUUGGAGGCUGGCAGCGAUGAAGAUCGCAAGCUGAACCUCAGCCUGAGCGAGAGCUUUUUCAUGGUGAAAGGAGCGGCCCUCUUUCUCCAGCAGGGAAACAGCCCCCAGGGCCAACGGAGCCUUCAGCACCCUCACAGGCAUGCAGGAGACCUGCCUCAGCACCUCCAAGUGAUGAUCAACCUCCUACGCUGUGAAGACAGGAUCAAGCUGGCCGUGCGCCUAGAGAGCGUCUGGACCGACCGUGUCCGGUACAUGGUUGUGGUGUACACCAGCGGGCGCCAGGACACGGAGGAGAACAUCUUGCUGGGAGUUGACUUCUCCAGUAAAGAGAGCAAAAGCUGCACCAUCGGGAUGGUUCUUCGACUGUGGAGCGACACCAAGAUCCACCUUGAUGGGGAUGGCGGGUUCAGCGUGAGCACGGCAGGCAGAACGCACAUAUUCAAGCCCGUGUCUGUCCAGGCCAUGUGGUCUGCCCUGCAGGUGCUCCACAAGGCCUGUGAAGUGGCCCGCAGACACAACUACUUCCCUGGAGGGGUGGCGCUCAUCUGGGCCACCUACUACGAGAGCUGCAUCGGCUCCGAGCAGAGCUGCAUCAAUGAGUGGAACGCCAUGCAGGACCUGGAGUCCACCAGGCCUGACUCCCCGGCACUGUUUGUGGACAAGCCAACCGAGGGGGAGAGAACUGAACGCCUCAUCAAAGCCAAACUCCGGAGCAUCAUGAUGAGCCAGGACCUAGAAAAUGUGACCUCUAAGGAAAUCCGCAACGAGCUGGAGAAGCAGAUGAACUGCAGCCUGAAGGAGUUCAAGGAGUUCAUUGAUAACGAAAUGCUGCUCAUCCUGGGCCAGAUGGACAAGCCCUCGCUCAUCUUCGACCAUCUCUAUCUUGGCUCCGAGUGGAAUGCAUCCAAUCUGGAGGAGCUGCAGGGUUCAGGGGUUGACUACAUUUUAAAUGUCACGAGAGAGAUAGACAAUUUUUUCCCUGGCUUGUUUGCGUAUCAUAACAUCCGAGUCUAUGACGAGGAGACCACAGACCUUCUUGCACACUGGAACGAGGCGUAUCAUUUUAUAAACAAAGCGAAAAGGAAUCGCUCCAAGUGCCUGGUCCAUUGCAAGAUGGGCGUCAGCCGAUCUGCGUCCACGGUCAUCGCCUACGCCAUGAAGGAAUUUGGCUGGCCCCUGGAGAGGGCCUACAACUACGUGAAGCAGAGGCGCAGCAUCACGCGGCCCAACGCAGGCUUUAUGAGGCAGCUGUCCGAGUACGAAGGCAUCCUGGAUGCAAGCAAGCAGCGGCAUAACAAACUGUGGCGCCAGCAGCCGGCAGAUGACGUUGCGGCAGAGCCCGGCGAGUUCUCGCCAGAGACCUUGGAUGGCGCCCUGGACACCCGGCUGCCGUGCUUGGAUGAGAGCACCCAGCCCGGGCUCCCAGGAAGCCAGGACCCAGGAGGACCCUCUCUCCCGUGCUGUUUCCGAAGACUCUCGGACCCCCUCCUCCUCCCCCACCACGAUGACAUGAGUGGCCUGGUGCACUUAGAGGAUCUCGAGAGGGACGCUCUGCUGGAGGACGUGGCUCAGCCGGAGGGUGUGCACAGGCUGCUUCAGCAACCCCUGGAAGGCGCCAGGCUGUGUGAGAAGGAUGUGAAAAGGAAACUAGAGUUUGGGAGCCCCAAAGCCCGAGGUGGCUCCUUGCCUCCGAUGGAGGAGAUGGAGAAGGAUGGUGGCCCGAGGGCAGGGAGGUGGAGGCGGGCCUCUACCCAGCUCGACAGAAGUUUGCUUGACCAGGAAAACCUUAAUAACAACAACAGCAAGAGGAGCUGCCCCGAUGAUCUUGAGCGCGAUGCCGUGUUUGGAAUCCUCAGUAAAGUGAAGCCUUCCUACACAUCCUGUGCCGACUGCAUGUACCCCACAGCUGGUGGGGCUCCUGAGGCCUUCACGGAACAGCACGAGGACCCCAGGGCUCCUGCCGUCUGCACCCAGCCAGCCUUCCUACCCCACGUCACGUCUUCCGCGAUGGCCCACACAAGCAGCAGGCCCCGAGCUCCAGAGAGGCCGCCCUCUGGUCCAGCCAACACCCCUCCAUUCCUCCUACCAGCAGGCUCAAAGAAGCCAGACAUCAGUGGCUCUGGAGCCAGGGCUGCCCCUGAACCACCAGCAAGCCUUGUAGAGCCUUCCAGAGAGACUUCAAAAGUCCUUCCCAAAACUCUCCCGUUGAAGAAUUCUCACUGUGAUAAGAGUGCCGCCAACAUGGAGGUGGCAAAGGAAGAAGUGCCAGCCAAGAAAGACCUGAAGCCAGCCAAAGACCUGCGACUUCUGUUCAGUCACGAGGCGGAGAAGCCAACGGCCAACAGCUACCUGAUGCAGCACCAGGAGUCCAUCAUCCAGCUGCAGAAGGCAGGCCUGGUCCGAAAGCACACCAAAGAGCUGGAGCGGCUGAAGAGCCUGCCUCCAGACUCACCAUCUACCUGCAGAGACAGCGCCACCAGCAGGCUGGAGGCCAGCAUCCCCGAGGAGGGCCCGGAGCCUGGACACGCAGCCCUGUGCAGCCAAGCUGGGACUGAAGAGAAACCUCCAGACGGAGCCUUGCUGAAGAGCCCCUCUGCUACCCUCCUCCGCCUCGACCACACCAGUAACUUCUCAAAAGACUUCCUGAAGACGGUGUGCUACACGCCCACCUCCUCCUCCAUGAGCUCCAACCUGACCCGGAGUUCCAGCAGCGACAGCAUCCACAGCAUCCGAGGGAAGCCCGGGCUGGUGAAGCAGCGGGCGCAGGAGAUCGAGACACGGCUGCGCCUGGCGGGCCUGACUGUGUCAUCUCCACUGAAACGUUCCCACUCCCUCGCCAAGCUGGGGAGUCUCAACUUCUCCACGGAGGACCUGUCCAGCGAGGCUGACACGUCCACCAUCGCCGACUCGCAGGAUGCCAAGUGCGGUCACUCUUCCUUCUUGCCUGAACCUCAGGCUGCACUGAGGGACCCCCCCGCAACCUCCAAACCAUCAGGGCAACCCACCCCAGAACCCUUGAAAAGCCCAUUGAGGAUGACCAGGAGCUGACCGGCUUUCGGCUCUGUGACACCGAGGUUUGUCCUGUCCACCCUCACGUCUUGCUGUGUGUCGACAGCUUCAUUCACCAGGCUUUCCCCGCUCUUGCCAAAGAGUAGGGGGAGAAACGGAAGUAACUUAGAGAGCAUGAAGCAGGAGGCCCAGGGUGGAGCCCAGGGGACCUGGAAACUGUCAGCCAGGAGACACACAGCUCUGAUCCCCGAGCCCUGUCUUUGGGAACAGUCACGUUCAGAUACGUACGCACAGCCUGGGGCCUGGGGCUCUGUCUCGGUUGUUUGAAUGAAUUCGUGGCCCUGGGUUUGGUCCCCAGCAUCCCAUAAAACCAGACAGGGUUGUACGCACCAUAAUCCCGACACUGGAGGUGGAGGCAGAAGGAUGAGAAGGUCCAAGUCACCCUCAGCUGCUUAGUGAGUUUGAGGCCAACCUGGUGGAGAGGGAAAAUAAGCGUGUGCAGUACAUACAAAAUGUUUAAUCUGCAACAUGUAAAAGAUUUGUGGUGGUGAUGUCAUCGCUGCAGCCCAUGUUCCCAGCUCAUUCCUAUCCUCGAGGGAUAAUUCUCAGAUGACAACACAAGUCCUACCUCUGUUCUCACUGUGCAUAAAUGACCAUGUGAUGACCAAUGCUGUGUCUGAAAAGAUUUUUCUAAGAGAAUUGUGGGAGGUUUUGGUUUGUGGGAGGUUUUUUUCAGAGGGGACCCCCCAGAAGUGUCAAGACUUUGAGCCUGACCUUCCCAAGAAUGGCUAGCUGAAAUGAUCAGAGGAAGGCCCCGAGUGGCCGCGGCCUGUGGAAUGGCGCCCACGGUUGGGAUGCUGCGAGCAUCAAGCUUCCAUCACUCAGUCACAGGGAAGGACUCCGGGCAGUGCUGGGCCUCAUCUGCUACUAACAAGGCAUCGUUGCGUUUGGGGUUGGGACGAACUCAUGUCUGUGAGGUUGUGGGUCUCAGGAUGUGGAACCCCUGCCGAGGCACUGUGACCCCAGGUUCAUUAGCUGCCAUCUCCACGUUUGCUGGGAGGAAGGGCCGGUCAGCAAUGGGAUACUUUCUUGUGGGUCCCUGCCCAGGAGUCACUCUGAGAAGAGUGAGUCUGUUGAAAAGCUUCACAGAUGUUUACCAGUGUCCCUUGCCAUGGGGAGAAUACUACUUCCUGUGAGUAGACUCCUGCUUCCUUUUCUCCAGCUCUCUCAUGCAGCAGUGACGGGGCAGAGGAGGCUGGCCACAGCACAAGUGUUCGUGCAGUUUAACUCAGUGAAAGACAAGGCUCUGAGGCCUUGUCUGGUGCCCAUCAGGAAGAAGGGGAUGUGUGUAUUUUGAGAGAGGAGCAACAUGGCAGACAGUGGUUUGCAGCUGGUUUUUUGAGACAGCAUUUCUCUGUAUUCCAGGCUGGCCUCAAACUCAAGAGAUCCACCUGCCUCUGUCUCCCCAGUGCUGGGAUUAAAGAUGUGCGCCACCACCAUCUGAUGGCGGCUCCUCCUCCUCCACCUUCUCCUCUUUGUUUUUAUUUUUACUUUUAUUUUUUGGAGGUAGAAUCUUGUGUAGCCCAAGCCGGCCUCAAACUCACAGCAGUCCUCCUGCCUCAGCCUCCCAAACAGCUGAGAUUACAGGUGUAAUCCAGUCAUUCCCAGGCCUGGUUGUUACAUUGUUCAAGGUUUGUCACACGGGAUAGAUGGCGUCUGGGGCGGUGGCACAGGUUUGUAACCCCGAGUUCAGGAGGCUGAGGCGGGUCCAUCAUGAAUUAAAGGCCAGCCUGGGCCGCAGAGUGAGACUCUACCUCAGAUGCAGCAAGUAACCUUGUCAGAGACGGCAUUACCUGCCCUGGGCGUUUGCCGUGGGCCCUGGGUAGAAAGCUUGCCUGCUGAUCUAUGGGGCACGUUUGAGGCCUCCGUUACCCCUUGGGUAUCAUAGACCAAAGCUUUCCCUCCUGUACUCCAGACAUGCCAGCUGCCCCUUUGCCUCUUGCACAGAUGGAGAUCUUGUGGAGGGCCACAGCUCCGUCCUGCAGUUGGCUGGUUCAGCCAGACAGCCCAGCGAGACCACAAAACCUUCAGGGAUCAGCCACAUUCUGGUAGUACAUAGACCGGGGUCCUCCCACACUGGUUAGAAUGGAACCCCAAAAUGGCUGUCCUCUGAAACCCCAGAAUAUCUUCAGGAACAAGGCUUUUCCUCUUUUCCCUAGUGCAGAGUUUUUGGGAACCUCUGUCUUAAAAUUUUUCUCCCUGCCAUGAUUUGCUUUUCAUACACAUACAUUAUAAGGAUCUGUGUUCCCACUAGUGUCAAUGGCAUUCACCUUAAAAAGUGAUUAUCCACUUAUUCCUGAAACCCUGUGUGUUUCCUCCGCUCGUCCCUCAGCCAACAAAAGCAAAAAAAAAAAACCAAGUUUAGUAUAUGUCUCCAAGUUCAGUAUCACGUGGUAGAUGAAUUUUUGUGUCAAAACAGUCCCUUAGAUUUGGUAAUGAUAGGCUUCUACUUCGUUUUUAAUCCCAUCUCUUAAGAGUGAUAGGGUUUUGGAAACUAUAACCUGAAAACUCUAACCUGUCCUGUUCUGUUUGAAGAGUAAGGCCGGGAGGAGAAUGAAAGCAGGCGGGGCUUUGGCUUCCGGCAAACUCUGAUGCCUCUUAGAAGCACCGCCAUCCCAGCCAGCAGGAUGCAGGCGGCAGGGCACUGCCCCCAUCAUCCAAAAGGAGCCCCAGCUGGAUGCUUUUCGUUACUCUUAGAGGGUUGGCUCUGUCUGUAAAUGCAGCGAAUUGGUGUUUUAAUUUAAAGGGUGAAUUUAUCUGUGAAAUUACCCUGCUAGGCUGAGGCGCCCCUUGGCAGUGACAGCUCCCGUAGUGUCUCCUGAAAAGAGUUCCUGCGGGCUUGGUGGCACACACCUUUAAUCCCAGCACUUGUGAUGCGGAGGCAGGUGGAUUCCUGAGUCCAAGGCUACAUACAUAGACCCUGACACCCCUAAACACACACACACACACACACACACAAUUUUUGUUUGGUUUUGUGAACUGUUUCAUGCUUGGCUAAUGCUUUGUGUAUAAUCUUGGCAAGAAGCAGAUCCACACCGAUGUGGCACCUGAGGCAGGCAGAGGGUCGGGGUUCCUGCUGCAUGAGCCGCCGAUUCUGGUGACCGCCAUCUUCCCUGAACGUCUUUGUGGAAUGAAGAGCUUUCUGCGCAGAUGCCCAGGGUACUUCUGUUCACCUGCACUUACGUAGCCUCCCAAACCCCCGAUGGUGUAGUGGCCUCGCCGUCCACCAACACAGAAGGCUUCCUGAAGUGUGAGGGAGAUGGAUACUGGGAGUGGGUGGUAGGAAGUCGGGUACCUGACUGUGUGAGCCAAGAGUAAGGUGUCUUUCUCACAUCCCCGCCCCCUUGUACUCAGUGUGAAGAUCCCUGCCAACCACACACACCUCGUCCCUGUGGCUCAGCCGUGCGGAUUACUCACAGGCACCAGAGUAAUCUUCAGCAUUGCUCUAGCUGAAGAGUGGGCCCAGCAGCCUCCGCCCCAGAAGAGCCGGGAGGCUGCUGCAGGGUGGAGCCAAGUUUGGAAAGAUUAAAUACUGACAGCCACCCUGUGCUUUUGUGACCAUGGCUCAGGGCCCACCCUGGAAGGCUUGCGAAUCUCCUGUUCCUCAGGAACCAUUUCUCCUCAACAAGAACAAAGGAGAUCACAGGAAACAUCACCCAUGAUACCCUAAGGAAGUUACUUCCAAUCGGCUGGCAGUUACUGAUGCCAGAAUUCAAUUCACCAACCCCCAUGGGUUGGCUAACAUACAUCAGGGCUCAUACAAUACAGUCCAUUAGGGUAACCACUAUACCCAUGGCAGGAAAGCUUGCUUCCGUCUGGGCAGCAUGGCAUGGAGUCACCUGGCCUGGUCCCCAUCCUGAACUGCUGAACAUAAAACCCGGAUGAAGAUCACUGAUGCUCCCCUACCCAAAGCCCCCUAUUGUUACCGUUGGGGUUCGAGUGUCACUCUGCACGCACUAUGUACAUAGGUCUAUGUGCAUAUUCCUUGUGUGUGCUUUAUAUGUAUAUAUACAUAUAAGUGAGUCCUGCUCCAUCAAACCUGGUGUGCGUGUUUCUCUCGUUGUCACACUCUGUCCUCUAGCUAUGCAGUGACGUCAUCCAGCAUCCACCCGAAGUGAUGCCACCAGGGACCAUCUGGGGAAGGGUGACUGCCCUGUUCCCUUUUGCAGUAGACCCCACAGCCCCUCCUUGAGCCCCUGUCUCCGAAGUCCUUACUGUGCAGCCUCUGCUGCCCUGGCCAUUGGCCUUGCUGCACGAGAAGAUAGCUGCUUCCUCCGCUACACUGUAACCGUUGUUUUACAGUUGAGUGCCUUAAUAAUCGUUUACAAAUACUGUGUAUUUAUGCGCAACCGAUCAGCUCUCCUCUUCCUCCACGGCUGGGUACUUCGUCUGGUCCUGGUGGGUAACGCUGGGACCUGAGUUGGUCCCCACCGCCACCCACUUGUGUUUAUUCUGCUGUGCAGCUGACAUUGUGUUUUGUGACUACUCCACAGAGCCGGCUAGAGACGGCCCUGUUGAGUCCCUGCAGGCCAGGCUGGCGGCAGUGAACACCACAGCCCGCAGCAGCCAGUGAAGGAUGUGACUUGGUCUGCCAGGCAGCGGAGGCUGCGUGCAGGCCAGCCACUCCCUGAACCGCAGCCCAGCCCAGCCCCUGCUCCAGCCCCCUCACCGGUGCCCUCCAGUUAACGGGAGUUUUGUCACCACCUGGUUUCCCCUCACACUCCCUUCUGUUCUGCCCAUGUCCUGAGCUCCUUGAGGCAGGUUAGGGAUACAGUUCACCCCAGGGACGCCGCACCAGACCGCGUUCUUCACCUCCCAAAGGCUGCCGCUGGGUCCCCUCCUGUCAAGUUACAACUUUGAUGGUUUGUUGUUUUUUUUUUUAAUCGUUUGACUUCUUUUUAUAUUAUAUAUUUAAAAAGGCAGUAUCUUUUGUACUGUGAAUUUGCAGUAGAAGAGGCAUAGUGCACUUUUUUUUUUUUUUACUUCUGUUGGUGUGUAUUGUAUAUAUAGUCUGUGUGCUUCUUGUGAUGAAAAUAAACAUUUCCUUUAUAAA